UCCAAACAAGGUGUUGAUAUUUCCUCUAUAAAAUUUGAACCACUUGUGUAAUAGAUACUGAACUUAGCUUGAGUUUAAUUCCGAGGAUCUCCAAUGGCUCUUCAAGUGAGUGGUACAGGCUUUGGUUUGAUCCAUGGCAGCAGAGGAGGGUUUAGAGUCCGAGGUGUCGCAUCGGAAAGCAUGCCAGCGAAAAAAGUGGAGGGCGGGAAGGUGAAGUUGGGGGGGACGGAGGUGAAGGUGACAAAGCUUGGGAUUGGAGCUUGGUCAUGGGGUGAUACUGGUUACUGGAAUGACUCUCAAUGGGAUGAUAGGAAGCAAAAGGAAGCAAAGGCAGCUUUUGAUGCAAGUAUUGAUGGCGGCAUAACCUUGUUUGACACAGCUGAAGUCUAUGGUGCAGGGAUAAUGAUGGGGGCAGUGAACUCUGAAACUUUACUUGGCGAUUUCAUCAAAGAGAGGAAGAAAAAUGAUUCAGUUGAGGUUGCAGUCGCGACGAAAUUUGCAGCUUUGCCAUGGAGAUUUGGCCGAGGAAGUGUUCUCUCUGCUCUCCAAGCUUCAUUAUCUCGCAUUGGUCUCUCCUCUGUUGAUCUCUAUCAGCUCCAUUGGCCUGGUUUUUGGGGGAAUGAAGGAUAUAUUGAUGGCCUUGGAGAUGCUUUUGAGAAGGGACUUGUAAAAGCUGUUGGGGUCUCAAACUACAAUGAAAAACAACUUAGAGAUGCUUAUGCUCGGCUGAAGAAGAGAGGAAUACCUUUAGCUGCAAACCAAGUAAAUUACAGUUUGAUAUAUAGAAAUCCUGAGAUUAAUGGUGUGAAGGCUACUUGUGAUGAACUAGGAAUCACUCUGAUUGCUUAUUCUCCAAUGGCUCAAGGUAUUCUUACUGGAAAAUACACUCCAGAGAGACCUCCUACAGGUCCUAGGGGCAAAGUAUACACUCCUGAGUACCUCACUAAGGUAAGAAGAUUGUUCACAGUUUUUCUUGUGUUUUAUUUUAUCAUCUUAUUUAGCUUACUUUUUUCUGAAUUUCUCCUUCUAUGUACACAGUUGCAACCUCUGAUGACCAGAAUCAAAGAGAUUGCACAAAAUUACAGCAGAUCUCCAACCCAGGUGGUUUUGAACUGGUUAACAUGUCAGGAUAAUGUAAUACCUAUCCCUGGAGCAAAAAAUGCAGAACAGGCUAAAGAAUUUGUUGGUGCUCUUGGAUGGAGACUCACUGAUGAAGAAGUUGAAGAGCUCAGAUCACUGGCAGCACAAAUACCUCCUGCUACUGGACUCCCCUUCGAAUAAAUGUUAAG